AUGUCGAAUCCCGGGACGCGGAGGAACGGCUCCAGCAUCAAGAUCCGUCUGACAGUAUUAUGUGCCAAGAACCUUGCAAAGAAAGACUUCUUCAGACUCCCUGACCCUUUUGCAAAGAUUGUUGUGGACGGAUCUGGGCAGUGCCACUCAACGGACACUGUGAAGAACACGCUGGACCCGAAGUGGAACCAGCACUAUGAUCUAUAUGUUGGAAAAACGGAUUCUAUAACCAUCAGCGUGUGGAACCACAAGAAGAUUCACAAGAAGCAGGGAGCCGGCUUCCUGGGGUGCGUGCGGCUGCUCUCCAACGCCAUCAGCAGAUUGAAAGAUACUGGCUACCAGCGUUUGGAUCUGUGCAAACUAAACCCCUCAGAUACUGAUGCAGUUCGUGGCCAAAUAGUGGUCAGCUUACAGACGCGAGACAGGAUCGGCGCCGGCGGGUCUGUGGCGGACUGCGGAGGCCUGCUAGAGAGUGAAGGAACCGUGUAUGAAGACUCCGGGCCUGGAAGGCCCCUCAGCUGCUUCAUGGAGGAGCCAGCCCCGUACACGGAUGGCCCCGGGGCCGCUGCCGGCGGGGGCAACUGCAGGUUUGUGGAAUCCCCGAGUCAAGACCAAAGACUUCAGGCCCAGCGACUGCGAAACCCUGAGGUGCGAGGGUCGCUGCAGACGCCACAGAACCGACCUCACGGCCACCAGUCCCCGGAGCUGCCCGAAGGCUACGAGCAGAGAACCACGGUGCAGGGCCAGGUGUACUUCCUGCACACGCAGACGGGCGUCAGCACGUGGCACGACCCCAGGAUACCCAGAGACCUUAACAGCGUGAACUGUGAUGAGCUUGGACCACUGCCGCCUGGCUGGGAAGUCCGCAGCACAGUUUCUGGGAGGAUCUAUUUUGUGGAUCAUAAUAACCGAACAACCCAGUUUACAGACCCACGGUUACACCACAUCAUGACUCACCAGUGCCAACUGAAGGAGCCCAGCCAGCCGCCACCGCCCCCCAGCGAGGGCUCCGUGGAGGACGAGGAGCUCCCCGCCCAGAGGUAUGAGAGAGAUCUGGUCCAGAAGCUGAAGGUCCUCAGACACGAGCUCUCCCUGCAGCAGCCCCAGGCUGGCCACUGCCGCAUCGAGGUGUCCCGGGAGGAGAUAUUUGAGGAGUCUUAUCGCCAGAUAAUGAAGAUGCGACCGAAAGACUUGAAAAAGCGACUCAUGGUGAAAUUCCGAGGAGAAGAAGGCUUGGACUACGGCGGGGUGGCGAGGGAGUGGCUUUAUUUACUGUGCCAUGAAAUGUUGAAUCCAUACUAUGGACUCUUCCAGUACUCCACGGACAACAUUUACAUGUUGCAAAUCAACCCAGAUUCUUCAAUCAACCCUGACCACUUGUCUUACUUCCAUUUUGUGGGUCGGAUCAUGGGCCUGGCUGUGUUCCACGGACACUACAUCAAUGGGGGUUUCACGGUUCCUUUCUACAAGCAGCUACUGGGGAAACCCAUCCAGCUUUCUGAUUUGGAAUCGGUGGACCCUGAACUCCACAAGAGCUUAGUGUGGAUUCUAGAGAACGACAUCACCCCCGUGCUCGACCACACGUUCUGUGUAGAGCACAACGCUUUUGGGCGGAUUCUUCAGCACGAACUGAAACCCAACGGCAGGAAUGUCCCCGUCACAGAGGAGAAUAAGAAGGAAUAUGUCCGGUUGUAUGUAAACUGGAGGUUCAUGAGGGGAAUCGAGGCCCAAUUCCUGGCUCUUCAGAAGGGGUUUAACGAGCUCAUCCCUCAACACUUACUGAAGCCUUUUGACCAGAAGGAGCUGGAGCUGAUCAUCGGUGGCCUGGACAAGAUCGACCUGGACGACUGGAAGUCAAACACGCGGCUGAAGCACUGUGGGGCCGACAGCAACGUGGUCCGGUGGUUCUGGCAGGCAGUGGAGACCUUCGAUGAGGAGCGGCGGGCCCGGCUGCUGCAGUUUGUGACGGGCUCCACGCGGGUCCCCCUCCAGGGCUUCAAGGCGCUGCAAGGCGCCGCAGGGCCGCGGCUCUUCACCAUCCACCUGAUCGACGCCAACACGGACAACCUGCCCAAGGCCCACACCUGCUUUAACCGGAUCGACAUCCCUCCCUACGAGUCGUACGAGAAGCUCUACGAGAAGCUGCUGACGGCGGUGGAGGAGACCUGUGGGUUUGCCGUGGAGUGA